AUGGCAUUUACAAGCAUCGCCAACAGCAAGAGCACACCAUACUUCUUCAACCUCAUCAACCAGGGCAAGGUCAGCCCAACCGAGUUCUCCUUCUACCUCGGCCGUGCCAAGUCCAACACCCAAGGCCUCAGCGAGAUGACCCUUGGUGGCCGUGACAGUUCCCGCUACACAGGCGCUUUCACAAACGUCCCAGUCACAUCACAGACCUACUGGCAAACUGCCAUCGACGGCGCGUCCGUCGGCAGCAAGGCCGUCUCCGGUACAUCAGGCCGAAGCGCCAUCGACACCGGCACCACCCUAGCCCUAGCACCCAACGCCGCAGCCGCGGCCAUCUUUGCGCAGAUCCCUGGCUCGCUCCCAAUCCCAAGCUUGGUAGUUAUUGCGACUCUGUACGCAUACCCGUGCAACACGAAGGCAAAUGUGUCGCUAAAGUACGCUGGGAAGAACUUCGCUAUUAACAACAUUGACCUCAACUUUGGAAAGCUGUCUGAUCAGUUGGGUCUGCCGCUGUUGUCGGGCACAAACUACUGCCUGGCUGGUCUGGGUGGUGCGGACAUCAACCCUGGUAUUCCUCUUUGGAUUGUGGGAGAUGUGUUCCUUAAGAACUGGUACUCGACGUACCAUUACAUUAGCCCAUCGAGUGCGUAUGUGGCUUUUGCGAAGGCUGCUGGGAACCAAUAG